UGUAACUAUAGUUCAUAUCACUGAUUUAGUUUUCCUAGAGUAUGAAAAAAAAAAAGCAACUGCCAUAUGCUGUAUACAAACGCUAUCUGAAAAUUCUGGAUGGAAACAUACUGUACCAGCCUACGGCCCGAGUAAGCCUGCUGCGUUUGUUACUGGGCCUAUGCGCUGUAGGCUAAGCCCAACACAGUGAACUCAAGCCUCCUAGAGAAGUUGGCGUGGGCCGGAAUCCAACCUCCACCCGCCCCACCUGAUCCACGGCCGCGGCGAACGGCGGUUUCCUCCCGUCUUCCCGGUGGCCGGCGGCCGGAGCCCCGGGCGCGCCGCGCUCACCGUCGCCGACCGGCGGCCGCGAACCCGCGACCCAGCCGCCGAUGCACGCCGCUGCAAGUAACUAUGCCUCCUCCCACCGUCCCCUUCUUCCUCACCUCCACCACGCUCGCCGCUGCGGCCGCGAAGCCGCAGCGGCCCGGGCCGCCCUCGCCACCGGCGCAGAAGCAGCAGCCGCGCGAGGCGCGGGAUGGUUCUCGGGACGCGUGCGCGUCGUACACCGCGCGCAUGCGGCUCAACCCGCAGCUCGCGCUCCGCCUGUUCGACCACCUGCUCCGCUCGGGCGCCGACCCGGACCACGUGGCGUACGCCCUCGCGCUGGGCCGCUGCGCGCGCGGGCGGGACCGCCGCGCCGCCGCGCAGCUCCACGCGCACGCCGCUAAGCGAGGGGCCGCGUCCCACCGUCGCGUCUGCAACGGGCUCAUCCACGCGUACGCCGUCUGCGGGUCGCUGCUCGACGCGCGCAAGGUGUUCGACCGCGGGCACGAGGGUGACGCGGUGGCAUGGAACUCCCUGCUGCGCGGGUACGCGGCUGCUGGGGACGUGAACGCGCUCCGGGAGUUCUUCGUGGGGAUGCAAGCCCGGGACACGGUUUCGUGGAACACGAUCAUCGCGUGGUGUGUUGAGAAUGGGGAAUAUGAGGAGGCAAUUGCGGUGUUCCGUGAGAUGCUGGCAAGCAUGGAGUGUCUUCCUGAUAGAGUCACACUGGUGAGCGUCAUCUCAGCGAUUACAUAUUUGGGUGCACUAGCCCAGGGGCUGUGGGCGCAUGCAUAUGUUUGCAGGAAAGGUAUCGAAGUCGAGGAGAGGCUGAGCUCAGCUCUCAUAAACAUGUAUUCAAAGUGCGGUUGCAUUGAAGGUGCAGUUCAUGUGUUUGAAAAUCUGGGUGCACAGAUGAAUGUGGACACAUGGAACGCUAUGUUAGCUGGCUUCACAGCAAAUGGAUGCAGUGAGAAAGCUCUGGAGCUUUUCGCUAGGAUGGAGAUAACAGGUUUGGUGCCUAACAAGAUUACUUUCAACACUGUGCUGAAUGCUUGUAGUCAUGGUGGUUUUGUUGAGGAAGGUAUGGGGUGUUUCGAGAGAAUGACCAAGGUUUAUGGUAUUGAGCCUGACAUUGCCCACUAUGGUUGCAUGGUGGAUCUGUUCUGUCGUGCAGGGCUUUUUGACAAGGCUGAAAAGAUGAUCCAAAUGAUGCCUAUGAAACCAGAUGCUGCUGUGUGGAAGGCCCUAGUGGGUGCUUGUAAAACUCACAGGAACUUUGAACUGGGAAGGAAAGCAGGCCAUAUGCUUAUUGAGGCUGCACCAAAUGAUCACGCAGGGUAUGUGCUGCUAUCCAACAUAUAUGCACUAGAUGGAAACUGGACAGGAGUGCAUAAGGUGAGGAAGCUGAUGCUUGAUCGUGGUGUGCAGAAGGUACCUGGAAGCAGCUCAAUAGAAAUUGAUGGUGUAAUUCAUGAGUUCAUAUCUGGGGAUAAAAGCCAUUCAAGCAAGGAGGACAUAUACGAGAUGCUAAGUGAAAUGUGUCAGCAAUUGAAAGUUGCAGGAUAUGUUCCAGAUACUUCACAUGUGCUACUAGAUAUUGAUGAUGAGGAUGUGAAGGAGAGCUCACUAGCUCUUCACAGCGAGAAGCUUGCAAUUGCCUUUGGAUUGAUAAGCACUGCACCAGGCACGCCUAUUAGGAUAGCAAAGAACCUCCGGGUUUGUGGAGAUUGUCAUAAUGCCGUUAAACUUCUAAGCAAGAUUUAUGGGAGGUGCAUAAUUGUUAGGGAUGCAAAUCGAUUUCAUCAUUUCAGAGAAGGAUCAUGCUCUUGCGGGGAUUUCUGGAAUCCUCUGCUCUUACUAGCACCAGAUGGCCCGCUGCCGACAGCUCAUACCCUGCUCCUGUUGACAACAAGCUCUGAAGUGAUCAUCUGCUCUCGCCCUAUCCAGUUUCUGAUGCAGGCCCAUAAGAUGUGAGAGCAUGUGGUACAUAUGAAUAUGUAUGACAAUGAUUGGAAAAGAAGACAUAGAUCUGCAGCAACCUUUCUGGUGAGCAUAAUGAUGCACGAGAAGAUAAUCUGGUGGAUGGUCGGGUCCAUUUCCAUCCCUCAAUGACUGCAGGAGCCGGGAGGAGCACGGGUAAAUGCCUUGUGUCGAGGC